AACCAUUGAUCGAAACGCACUUUGUAAUAAUGAAUUGUGAAAAACAAAACUAAUUUGAUAUCAAGGAUUUGCUGCCGGUGUACUUUUGAUGUAAAGCCGUUGAGUACUCUUUUGACGAUGAUGCUGAUCAUUAUAUUGGUGAUACUAGUGGUAUUAAUAUUCCGCUGGGCAUACCGGGCUCAUGGAAGGGACCCUCUGGACGAUCUGCCCGGUCCGCCCCGGCUCCCUGGCAUUGGCAAUGCCCUGGAGUUUGUGAAUGUUGGCCCGGAUAUGUUGUUCAAUACUAUGUUGAAAUUAACGAGUAAGUACGGGGACCGGUUUGUGCUAAAGAUGCUGAAUACCAGGGUGCUGCACACCAGCAGUCCUCAUGAUGUGGAGAUUUUGCUGAGCCAUUCCCGGAACAUAACGAAGAGCACGCCUUAUACGUUCCUGGAGUCGUGGCUCGGCACAGGAUUAUUAUUAAGCUCAGGCAAUAAAUGGCACAAGCGACGCAAGAUCCUUACUCCAACGUUCCACUUCAAUAUCCUGAAGAGUUUCUACGUGGUGAUGGAGGAAAAGAGCCGCAACCUGGUGGAAGUCCUCAGGCAGACGCAGGGGAGAGAUGUGGACUUGUUACCUGUGCUAAGCGACUUUACACUCUACACUAUUUGCGAAACAGCAAUGGGCACACAGUUAGACAUGGACAAAUCCGCGGCGUCACUCGAAUACAAAAACAACAUCAUGAAGAUCGGGAAUCUACUCCUGAGCCGACUGACCAGGAUCUGGCUCCAUAACGACCUCCUCUACAAAAUGUCACCCAUCGGGAAACAGUUUACCAAAUGUUUAAACAUUGUUCACUCCUUCGCUGACAACGUGAUCGCAAACAGAAGGAGACAGAAGAUGACCAGUACAGAUGAAGUGGAUCCGGAAGGAAUGAAGAAGAGAAUGGCGAUGCUAGAUCUGCUUCUAGAGGCUCAGGAUAAGGAGGAGAUUGAUCUAGAAGGUAUCAGAGAAGAAGUGAAUACGUUCAUGUUCGAGGGUCAUGAUACGACUGCUAUAGCGCUGACCUUCUGUCUCAUGCUGAUUGCGGAUCAUGAAGACGUCCAGGAAAGAAUUUACGAAGAAUGCAGACAAUUGUUGGACAAGUGCGAAGGGCGGCCCGGCAUGUCGGAUUUCUCCCACAUGAGGUAUUUGGACGCUGUGAUUAAGGAGAGCCUAAGGCUGUACCCGAGCGUGCCGUUUAUUGGCAGACGAAUAGAUGAAGACUUUUAUAUUGAUGAUCUAUUAGUGAAGAAAGAUACGCAGGUGUCCAUCCACAUAUACAGUCUGCAGCGGCGCGAGGACCUGUACAGCGAGCCGCAGCUAUUCAGGCCGGAGCGGUUCCUGGACGGCGAGGUGAAGCAUCAGUACGGGUUCGUGCCCUUCAGCGCCGGACCCAGGAACUGCAUCGGUCAGAGGUUCGCAAUGCUGGAAAUGAAGUGUGCACUCAGUGCAAUAGUCAAGGAGUUCAAGCUGGAGCCGCGCGUGAGGAGUUGGAGACCAGGUCUGGCAUCUACCAUGAUCCUGAGGCCCUUGGAGCCGGUCUACGUGAGGUUCAUACCGAGACAUUAGGAAA